AAUGUCGAAUGAGAAUCCCUGGGUGGUUGUACAACUCAAGUCCUCAUAACCCUCUGGAUACGGGAGGUCUAGCCAAUCCGUCUCUCUUCCUACUUCCCGCGUUUCACCCCAUCCUGGACCACUCUGCAUCUUGUACUCGAGAUACCUCCAUGUCACAUGUUGUCAGCAUUCCCCUCCUCCGACUACUUAUUUCCCUCCCUCUCUCCCUCCCUUCUCUUCCUCUUCAUCCUUUUCCUACCGUCUUCCUAUCUGCACAGUUCCCUUCUCUCAUCACUUUCAUCUAUAUUAAUCUCUAUAUCCUUUUAUACAUAUUCAGUAUACUCAAUAUAUAGUGUCUCUCACUUUUCAUGGCCUCUAUUCGUCCAUUCUCGAUCAUUUCUACCGUCUUCAUUCCUUCAGCGUCAUCCAGUCUACAAUCUGAGUCACCCUACUCAAUGGACCUCUGAGAAUGCCUCCUCACCUUCCUACUCAGUUGCAUCCAUGUCCUCUCACAAUCCCAUUAGAGAGAACAAAGACCAACUACUUUCUCUGUUUCAGUCUAUAUUGACGAACCCGAAGACCAUAUGCUCAGGAACGUGGAUUUAUCCUGUUAACAAUAGGAUGGAGAGUGUCACACGACGGGGCUGUCAGAUGUCGUAUAAAGAAUACAGCGAUUUGGCUCUGCAUGCAACGGGAUAAACUCGGGAUCAACUGCUGAUGAAGUCAAGUGGUAAUCCCUCUCUUAUGGAUUCUGGUCGCGGUUCCAUUUGCCACACGUGAUGGGGUUACUCUAUGGACGCUGUGAUUGUGGGCCAUCCAGGGAUAGCAGAACCACUGUGAAUGGCACCCGCUUGACCACUCUGGCACCGCCUGUGCUCGAGACUGAUCGGAACGGCGUGAGUAUGGAGAAGUGCUGUCUCAGGUAUUUGACC